GGGACUCAACCGGCGGCCGCAAAAUCAAAAACUUCGUGCGCACCGCACACCACCCGCGACCGCGGAGGUGGAGCUUUCAAAUCCCCCGCCUCUGCUUCUUAUUCCCUCCCCGUCUCCAAAUUUUCGGCGAAAUUUUCCAUUCCCCCACCCGCCCUUCACUCCCUUCCCCCGUCGCUCUCAGCCGCGCAGCGCUAGCUAGGGUUGGGACCGAUUUGGGGCCUAGGGUUAGGUCAGUUUCCCCAUGGCGGCGGCGGCGGCGGCGGCGGAGGGGUCCGGGGCAGAGGGCCGCGGCGAGGCCGGCGGCGGCGGCAGGCGGCAGCAGCAGCAGGGGUUGGCGGAGCGCCGGAUGCUCCGCUCCCAGUACCACGCCAUGAAGAGCCUCAUCAACGAGGAGAGGGAUGACAUGGCGAAGGAGGACUCCGACAAGUUCGCCUCCAUCAUCACGCAGGUGGAGAGCUUGCACGAGCAAGUGCAGAGACCCAGGGAGCAAGUAGCGGACGCAGAGGCUCUGCUGGACAUUACAACAAUGUUGGUAAAAUCUGUGAGGUCCCAGUCAAGUGAAGGAAUCACACCUUCUGAUUUCUUAACAGCAUUGCUGAAGAAAUUUGGGCAGCAAGCAACCCUUGAUUCCGAGCCUGUCUCGUUGCGCUGGGCUGAUGUUGGGCUUUCUGCUUCACAUGUCUUCAGGGCUGCGCCUGGAUGCUGCACCAUGCUUGGACCCAUGGAUACAGAAGUAAAGCAGCGUAAGCUUUCAGUUGUUAGUAGAAAAAGAAGUGCCAGGCCAACUGAAAAUACUUGUCCUGAAGAGCUUGCUGAUUCUUCAGAGGGAGCAAAGACAGACACUGACCGGAAUGUGACUGUUGUAUUUGAUAUCCUGAGGAAAAAUAAGCGUGCGAGGCUGGAGACCCUUGUUUUGAACAGACAAUCAUUUGCCCAAACGGUUGAGAAUGUUUUUGCACUGUCUUUCCUAGUUAAAGAUGGCAGGGUGGCAAUAAACAUUGAUGACAAUGGGCACCAUAUAGUCUAUCCACGAAAUGCGCCUGCUGCUAGUGCCAUAGCGUCAGGAGAAGUGUCCUACAGCCAUUUUGUUUUCAGAUAUGAUUACAGAGAUUGGAAGCUGAUGAAAGAAGUCGUCCCUGAAGGGCAAGAACUGAUGCCGCACAGGACCGCGCACAGCUUCUCUGCUGAAGAGCGAGAACAGCUGGAGCCGUGUGCGCAACGAACACCGAUAAGGAAACUUUGCCGGAACCGAGGUUUGGUUCUUCAGGAGCAGAUGGUUGUUGCAGAGACACCCGAGGAGGACAGAAGCUCCAAACGCAAGCGUCUAUUCAUAGAUCAGGAGUGAUGAUGCCUGUUUGAAAUGCCCUACGCGGCGGCCUACCCUGUGUUUGUAUGUGUAGAGGUAUCGCCUGAUUAACGUAUCCAUUGUAGAACAAGGUGUACCAUAGCACCGCUUGUGCUAGUUAUUACCUUGGGACGAGAUUCCUCCGGGAGAGGAAAGAGCGCAAUAGAAAUGUAAGCUCAAUAGAAAUGCUACUGUAGUUCUUUAGAUCAGUCGGCUUAAAUAAUGUUCUUGGAUCGGACUUGUGUAAUGACGCUCACGGUAAUAUGCUUGCGCUGAUAGAGAAAAAGAAAGGGUUUGCUUCUAGCUGAA